UCCGGAGCCGGCGCGCCGCGCCUGAGCUGAACUUGACCCGGGAGUGAAGGGGGCCCCAUCGGGCGAGCGAACCGCUCCCGCCCGGCGCUCCCCGAGGGCGUCCGUCGACGCGGGGGGAGAGCGAGCUCCAGACCGACGCCCCCCGCCGCGAGCCCCGCGCUUCCCCUCCGUCCGUCCACGCGCACGCAGCCGGGGUGGACCGAGGCGGCCAGCGGACUCCGGGGGACCCGGGACGGCGCCCGCGGCCGCACCUCCGGAGCCACGACAACAGGUCGUCUCUCGGAGACGCCUUUGGCGGGAAGGACUACUCGGGCGGCAAGAAAGGAAAGGUGGGAAGGUCCCUUCUCUUAAGAGGCCGCCGCUGGGCGACUUUCCCCGCGCCUGCCCGGCUGCCCCGCAUCCCGACCCCCCAGCCAGCGGACUGCGGGGGGAGAAGCGAGCGCAGACACCUGUUUGCGCAGACGGCUGUUCCUUAAGUCACCUGCGCGCCGACGUGCCCAGCUGCUGGCAGAGAUUUGUUUGAAAUCUCCACGGAGAGAGAGAGAGAGACUUUUGGGGUCACCGUGUGUUUUCAGUAGCAUCCCAAACUCUGGUCUGUGAGGGAGGCCUGAGGACCGUGACUUACGCGCGCCACCCCGGGAGAGCCUCGAGCCCGUGAACGGGGGUGUCGUUCGGCGUGAAGGAGCGUGGCGUUGGGUUGCUUCCCUUGUGGCCCUCGGGGGGACCCGGGUCGUCCUCGUGACCUGCGCUCCCGGACAGCAUGGCGGCCGGAGUGGCGGCAUGGCUGCCCUUCGCCAGGGCGGCCGCCAUUGGGUGGAUGCCUGUCGCCUCGGGGCCUAUGCCAGCUCCGCCGAGGCAGGAGCGGAAACGGAGUCAGGAUGCCCUGAUCGUGCUGAACGUGAGCGGCACCCGCUUCCAGACCUGGCAGGACACGCUGGAACGCUACCCGGACACUCUGCUGGGCAGUUCCGAGAGAGACUUCUUCUACCACCCGGAGACCCAACAGUACUUCUUUGACCGUGACCCUGACAUCUUCCGCCACAUCCUCAAUUUCUACCGCACGGGGAAGCUUCACUAUCCCCGCCAUGAGUGCAUCUCGGCCUACGACGAAGAGCUGGCCUUCUUCGGCCUCAUCCCAGAGAUCAUCGGCGACUGCUGUUACGAGGAGUACAAGGACCGCAGGCGCGAGAACGCAGAGCGCCUGCAGGAUGACGCCGACACCGACAACACCGGGGAGAGCGCGCUGCCCACCAUGACCGCCAGGCAGAGGGUCUGGCGGGCCUUCGAGAACCCCCACACCAGCACCAUGGCCCUGGUGUUCUACUACGUGACCGGCUUCUUCAUUGCCGUCUCAGUCAUAGCCAACGUGGUGGAAACGGUGCCCUGUGGGUCCAGCCCAGGGCACAUAAAAGAACUGCCUUGCGGGGAAAGGUACGCGGUGGCCUUCUUCUGCUUGGACACCGCCUGCGUCAUGAUCUUUACUGUGGAGUACUUGCUUCGCCUGGCCGCAGCGCCUAGUCGCUACCGUUUUGUGCGAAGCGUCAUGAGCAUCAUUGACGUGGUGGCCAUCCUGCCCUAUUACAUUGGGCUGGUGAUGACAGACAAUGAGGAUGUCAGUGGAGCAUUCGUCACACUCCGAGUCUUUCGCGUCUUCAGGAUCUUUAAGUUUUCCCGCCACUCUCAAGGCCUGCGUAUACUGGGGUACACGCUCAAGAGCUGUGCCUCAGAGUUGGGCUUCUUGCUCUUUUCUCUUACAAUGGCCAUCAUCAUCUUCGCCACGGUAAUGUUCUACGCGGAGAAGGGCUCCUCAGCAAGCAAGUUCACCAGCAUCCCUGCUGCCUUCUGGUACACCAUCGUCACCAUGACAACGCUGGGGUAUGGCGACAUGGUACCAAAAACCAUAGCAGGGAAGAUUUUUGGGUCCAUCUGCUCACUGAGCGGCGUCUUGGUGAUUGCUCUGCCUGUGCCUGUGAUAGUGUCUAACUUCAGUCGGAUCUACCACCAAAACCAACGCGCAGACAAACGAAGGGCACAGAAGAAAGCAAGGCUGGCCAGAAUCCGGGCAGCCAAAAGUGGAAGUGCAAAUGCCUACAUGCAGAGCAAGCGGAACGGGCUGCUCAGCAACCAGCUGCAGUCCUCAGAGGAUGAGCCAGCCUUCGUUAGCAAAUCCGGAUCCAGCUUCGAGACGCAGCAUCAUCACCUGCUCCACUGCCUGGAGAAAACCACGAACCAUGAGUUUGUGGAUGAACAAGUCUUUGAAGAAAGCUGCAUGGAAGUCGCCACGGUUAAUCGCCCUUCAAGUCACAGUCCCUCUAUCUCUUCACAACAAGGAGUCACCAGCACAUGCUGCUCACGAAGACACAAAAAAACUUUCCGCAUUCCGAACGCCAAUGUGUCGGGAAGUCAUAGAGGCAGUGUGCAAGAACUCAGUACAAUUCAGAUCCGAUGCGUGGAGAGAACCCCACUAUCCAACAGCCGAUCCAGCUUAAAUGCCAAAAUGGAAGAGUGUGUUAAAUUAAACUGUGAACAACCUUCCGUGACCACAGCAAUAAUAAGCAUCCCAACACCUCCAGUAACCACACCAGAAGGCGAUGACAGGCCUGAGUCUCCCGAGUAUUCCGGGGGAAAUAUCGUUAGGGUGUCUGCUUUGUAAAACAAUUGGCACGAAAGUCUAAGAGAAUUUGAGUCCUGACCAUGGAAAAAAAAAAAAUCUGAAGUAGAAGAAAGAAGAAACAAUAACUUUUUUUGCA